GCAAUCCAUCGCAAUCCGAAUUCCGAAAAACGAAACGAACCACGACCGAGUACCGACGUGUGUUUAAAACAUUCUAAAAUAUUAAAUAGGUAUUAGGUAGUGAGACAUCAGACACUUGUUAUAAUAUUAUGUUGAUUUCACGAUAGAGCCUAGCAGCUGUGUUCUGCGAUUGUAGAAUUCAGUACCUAGUAGUAGAAAAAUUAUCACAGUAGACUUCCAUGCCAGCAUAGGUAUACAUAAAUGCUGGCGGCAUUAAUUGGAAUACUUCGUAGCCUACCUGUUGUUUAUAAGAAGGAAGAUAUGGACGAUAUUGAUAUGAAGUGUAUGUGUUUUCUUAUUCGCUCAUAAUAAUUUACCGCAAAAUAUGUGUACAGUGAUUACUUGAGACGUGGCGAAAUGUUGUGAUUUUACGGAAUAACAAAGUAUGGUGAAGAAACUCUAAUUUGACAGCAUUUGUGUGGGCUUUAUCGAUGUGGUGUCAAAAUGUCGGUGAUAGAGUCCGAGGUAGUGACCCAGUACCCAGUGCACUGGCUGGUGUGGCACAACAAGCAUGAGGAGUUGAAGCAGGCUUUACAAAAUAAUGAGGUGUCGGGCGAGGAGAUGGAGCGCAAGGACCCGCGCGGGCGCACGCCGCUGCUGCUCGCCAUCACGCUCGGGCACACGGAGUGCGUGCGCGCGCUGCUCGACGCCGACGCGGACGUCAACUGCGAGAAGGACGGCUGGACCGCGGUGCAGGAGGCGACGGCGCGCGGCGACGCGGCGCUGCUGGCGCUGGUGCUGGCGCGGCGCGACCACCGCCGGCACGAGGCGCGCGCCGCCGGCGUGCCCGCGCUGCUCGACCGCCUCAGCCUCGCGCCCGACUUCUACGUCGAGAUGAAGUGGGAGUUCACCUCCUGGGUGCCGCUGGUGUCCCGGCUGUGCCCGUCGGACACGUACCGCGUGUACAAGCGCGGCGCCAACGUGCGCGUCGACACCACGCUGCUCGGUUUCAGCGACAACCGCUGGCAGCGCGGCGACCGCUCCUACAUCUUCACUGGGCACGGCAAGUCGGCGAAGCUGGUGGAGCUGGACCACGGCGCGGGCACGGUGUGGACGGAGUGGCUGGAGGGGCCGGCGGAGGGCGGUGCGGGGGGCGCGGGGGCGGGGCGCGCCUGGCCCGAGCCGCCCGCCGCGCACGUGGCGCAACGCCUGCGCACGCCGCUGCACCUCAACUACCUCGACACCGACAAGAUCUGCUUCGAGAGGAACAAGAGCGGCAUCUGGGGCUGGCGGCAGGACAAGUGCGAGGCGGUGAACGGGUUCGAGUGCAAGGUGUUCAGCGCCAACAACGUGGAGCUCGUGUCCAAGACGCGCUGGGAGCACGUGCCGCGCGGCGAGCGGCGGGCCCCGCGCGCGCCGCUGGCGGGCCUGCUAGCGGCGGCGGACGAGGAGCCGGAGCCCGCCGGCCCGCCGGACGCCGGCCCGCCGGACGCCGCGCCCGUGCCGUGGCAGGAGUACUUCGACGGCGCGUUGCCGGAGCGCGCGGUGGGCCGGCCGCGCGAGCUCACGGCCAAGGUGCAGAAGUUCCGCGCCACGCUCUGGCUCUGCGAGGACUACCCGCUUGAGCUGCAAGAGCAGAUAAUGCCGAUCCUGGACCUGAUGGCGUCGAUCUCUUCGCCGCACUUCGCCAAGCUCAAGGACUUCAUCCAGAUGCAGCUGCCGUCCGGCUUCCCCGUCAAAAUCGAGAUCCCGCUGUUCCACGUGGUGAGCGCGCGCAUCACGUUCGGCAACCUGUUCGGCGGCGACGCUGUGGUGCGGCACGUGGCGCGGCUGGCGGCGGGCGGCGCGCGCGGGCCCGCCUGCGUGCUGGACGACGCGGCCUUCGCGCUCGGCCGCGGCUACCGCGCCGCCGGCUCGCCCGACGAGCGCGUGGACGACGACGAGCUGCUGCACUUCGCCAUCCAGCAGAGCCUCAUGGAGGCGGGCACGCAGCGCGACCGCGUCGACGUGUGGGAGGCGCUGCGCGGCGCGCGCCCGGCCCGCGCCGAGCCCGAGCCCGAGCCCGCGCCCGACGACCUGCUCGCGCACGAGCAGACCAUGCUGCAGAGAGCCAUAGAGGAGUCGCUGGCGAGCGCGCGGUCGGCGGGGCUGGAGCCGGCGGCGCUGGUGCUGCCGGCGGAGGGCGAGGGGGCGGGCGAGGCGGGGGGCGAGCUGCGCGCGGCGCUGGCGCUGUCGGCGGCCGAGCAGGCGGAGCGGGACCGCGCGGCGCGGGACGAGCAGCGCGCGCUGGACGAGGUGCUGCGCCUGUCGCUGCUCGACAAGUAGCAGUCUGUUCCAAAUCAUUUUGAGAAGAAAAUAAGAAAACAUCUUUAUCUCAAUCCUGCAUAAUUACUGAACAAAACCUCUGAAGUUAUGUUUGUUUGUUUAUCUGAUGUUGUGUGUCGAGUAAUGCGAGUGUCGCUUCUCAGAGCGGUCGGGGACAGACUGUUGUUUGCAGAUGUCGCACGCCGCUCCACCCCGCUGCGCGCCGCUGCACG